AUGUUUUUCCAAAGUUACCUGAAAGUACCCAAUCCCGGCCCUGCGGAGGAUGAAGAAUAUGGUGUCGACGUAGAGGACAAAUUGAUCAAUGGAGAUUCGAACGAGGUCUCCAUAAUUACAACAAAGAAAAACAGGCUACGGGUUCCAAUGAUACUCUCAAUCCUGAUCAACGUCUUUCUUCUGGGUAUAUUGUUAUUUCGCCUGGAGUCCCCUCCUCCCCUGUACCGCUCAAAAUACGCCGGUCUAGCCCGGACAGUUCCCCGUCCAUGGGGUCUCAAUGCAGCCAUCAACGACACCGAGCAAGACGCUUUAUGGGAUGCCACGAGCUACGAUCUGGGUAACAUCGCAUUAUCAGACACGUACGCCCGGUCCAACGGUCUACCCCGUGCCCAGCGCUUUCCAUGGGACAACGAAAAAGGUAUCUAUCUCAUCAACGCAUACCACAACCUCCACUGUGUGAAGACCAUGCGGACGGCUCUUGUGGAAUUUCGGGAUGGGAGGCCCCAGAGCUCACCAUUUGGUCAUUUGGAGCACUGCCUGCUAGUACUUCGCGAUGAGGCUAUGUGUAACGCAGAUGACACGCCACGAUAUACUGGUUUCCAGCCAAAUCAGAAGAGUGGAUUGGGACAGGUGCGAAUGUGUCGAGACUUUGAGCAAUUGGAGCAGUGGGCGCGUGAUCAUACGGCGUGUUGGAGACAUGUAGGUGAAAUCCGCGAGGAGGGCUUCCGGGAAUUGGAUCGGUAUAGGUUUUGUCCUGAUGGAAGUCCGUAUAAGGAGAUGAGUGAGACAAUGUAUUUAAAGGGGGAUUGGUGGAAGCAGUACAAGAACGACGGUCUGUAA